AGGAUCCGGAACCUUUAAGUCGACGUCUAACCCGGAAGUGACGCCGGCGGGACGGAAGCGCAACAAGCGCGGCCGAGAUUUAACGCAAAAGUCCACGAAAUAACGUGAUGGAUUCUCCGGACAGCAGCCCCAGUCCGGCUCAGAGGGACCAAAGCGAUGAAGAGUCCAAACCGUCAGAGGGUCAAACGUCAGAGUCCCAGAGACCCGCCCCCUCGCCCUCUAGCUCCUCCUCCUCCUCCUCUGGCGCUGAAGACGACCAGGACGACAGCGACAGCAGCAGCAGCAGUGAGGACGACGAGCACCAGGGGGCGAUGAGGAGGCUCCGGAGCAGCGUGGCCCACGUUACGAGACCCGUGCCCACACCCCAAGAUCCGGACGAACAGGAUUCUACAGAGAAAGACCGCUCCAAAUCCAGAUCAGGGUCCAGAGAGCCAGACCCAGACCGGGACCAAACCAGAGACUCAGACCCAGACCAAGACCAGUCCAAGUCUGAAGAGCCGGACCAAAUCCCAGACAGAGAAGAGCACACAGACAGGGACAGAUCCAGAUCCAGAGACCGGUCUAGGUCCAGGUCCAGAGACGCAGACAGGAGGAGAGACCGGAGGGACAGGUCCAGAGACAGGGACAGAGACAGGGACAGGGGAAGGGGCAGACGGGAACGUUCCAGAUCCAGAGAGAGGAACAGAGAUCGGGAGCGUUUUGACCGAGGACGCGGUGGACGAGAUCGCCGUGGCGACCGCUACGACAGACGAGGAGCCAAUCGGGAGCCAGAGUCGGACGAGAGGAGGCGGGGCCGCUCGUCCUCUCCCGCAGCAGCAGAACAGGAGCCUCCAGCGAAGAAGAAGAAAGAAGAACUGGACCCAAUCCUCACCCGCACCGGGGGAGCCUACAUCCCCCCCGCCAAACUGCGACUCAUGCAGCAGCAGAUCACCGACAAGAGCAGUCUGGCGUAUCAGAGGAUGAGCUGGGAGGCCCUGAAGAAAUCCAUCAACGGUCUCAUCAACAAAGUGAACGUGUCCAACAUCGUGAACAUCAUCCAGGAGCUUCUGCAGGAGAACAUCGUGAGGGGCAGGGGUCUCCUCGCUCGCUCGGUGCUGCAGGCCCAGGCGGCGUCUCCCAUCUUCACGCACGUUUACGCCGCCGUCGUCGCCAUCAUCAACUCCAAGUUCCCUCAGAUCGGAGAACUCAUCCUCAAACGCCUCAUCCUCAACUUCAGGAAGAGCUACAGACGAAACCUCAAACAACAGUGCCUCACAGCCUCCAAGUUUGUGGCUCAUCUCAUCAACCAGAACGUGGCUCAUGAGGUGUUGUGUCUGGAGAUGUUGACUCUUCUUCUGGAGCGUCCCACAGACGACAGUGUGGAAGUCGCCAUCGCCUUCCUCAAAGAGUGCGGCCUGAAGCUCACCGAGGUGUCUCCACGAGGCAUCAACGCCAUCUUCGAGCGUCUGAGGAACGUCCUUCACGAGUCGGCCAUAGACAAGCGCGUGCAGUACAUGAUCGAGGUCAUGUUCGCCAUCAGGAAGGACGGUUUUAAAGACCACCCGGUGAUCCCCGAGGGGCUGGACCUGGUGGACGAGGAGGACCAGUUCACCCACAUGAUGCCACUGGAGGACGACUACAACACCGAGGACGUGCUCAAUGUGUUCAAGUUGGACCCGGACUUCCUGGAGAAUGAAGAGAAGUACAAGACGCUGAAGAGAGAUAUCCUGGACGAGGGCAGCAGUGACUCUGGCGAUGAUGCAGACGGCAGCGAUGAAGACGACGAGGAAGAGGAGAACGAGGAGGGGGAGGACGCAGAAGGAGAGAAGGUGACCAUUUUUGACCAGACUGAGGUGAACCUGGUGGCCUUCAGGAGGACCAUCUACCUGGCCAUCCAGUCCAGUCUGGACUUUGAGGAGUGCGCCCAUAAACUCAUCAAGAUGGACUUUCCUGAGAGUCAGACGAAGGAGCUGUGUAACAUGGUGCUGGACUGUUGCGCUCAGCAGAGGACCUACGAGAAGUUCUUCGGGCUGUUGGCCGGGAGGUUCUGUCUCCUGAAGAAGGACUACAUGGAGAGCUUUGAGGCCAUCUUUGCAGAACAAUACGAAACCAUCCACCGCCUGGAGACCAACAAACUGAGGAACGUGGCGCGGCUCUUCGCCCACCUGCUCUACACCGACUCUGUGCCCUGGAGCGUUCUGGAGUGCAUUAAGAUGAGUGAGGAGACCACCACGUCCUCCAGCAGGAUCUUUGUGAAGAUUCUGUUCCAGGAGCUGUGUGCGUUCAUGGGGCUGCCCAAACUUAACCUGAGGCUCAAAGACCCGACCCUCCAGCCGUUCUUCGAGGGGCUGUUUCCACGAGACAAUCCCAGAAACACGCGCUUCGCCAUCAACUUCUUCACCUCCAUCGGGCUCGGAGGACUCACGGAUGAGCUCAGGGAACAUCUGAAGAACGCUCCGAAAAUGAUCAUGACCCAGAACCAGGAGGUGGACUCCUCGGAUUCCGACUCGUCCUCCUCCUCUUCGUCCUCUGAGUCGUCCUCCUCAGACUCGUCGUCCGAUUCUUCCGACUCGUCGUCCAGCAGCAGCAGCUCCUCAGAUUCGGACGAGAAGCACAAAAAGAAGAAGAAGCGAAAACAGCCCACCAAGAAGAAGGGGAAGAAAGAACACGCGGAAAAAGACGACAAGACCGAGCGGGCCAGACCGGACAAAGACAAAAACAGAGACGAACGAAGAACGAAAGACCCCAGAGAGGAAUGGGAGGAGAGGAGAGGGAGGGAGGAGAGAGAAGAGAGGAGAGGAAGAGAAGAGAGAGACGAGAGGAGAGGGAGACAAGACGGGGAGGAGAGAGAGGAAAGGAGAGGGAGAGAGGAGAGAGACGAGAGGAGAGGAAGGGAGGAGAGAGAAGAGAGGAGAGGAAGACAAGACAGAGAGGAAAGAGAGGAGAGGGACGAGAGGAGAGGAAGGGAGGAGAGGACGAGAAACGAAAGGCAGGAAGACAAAGACGCCGAGGACAGGAGGUGGAGCAGACGAGAAGAACAGGAGGAACCCAAAAGACAGAAGGACGAGCGCAGGAAAAUGGAUGACAGGCGAAAAGACAGGGACACGGACAGGAGCAGGGACAGGGACACGGACAGGAGCAGGGACAGGGACACGGACAGGAGCAAUGACAGGGACAGGGACACGGACAGGAGCAAUGACAGGGACAGGGACAUGGACAGGAGCAAAGACAGGGACAGGGAGGUGGAGGACACCAGGGAGAGGGAGCGCAACAAGGAGAACAGAGACAGGAACAGAGAGGAGAGGAGACGCAGGUAAAGACGUGAACGCGUUUUGUUUUAUUUUAUUUUUUUCUUCUUCUUCUUACUGUUUGGACUGAAAAUGAUCUGUGUAUAAAACAUUAAAGCUGUUUCGAUGUUUUUAA